CGUAUUUCCUGGGGCUUGUGUGGACCUCUCCAGCGGCACACCAGAGGGCUAUCAUGACUAUUUAUAACCAGCAAUUCUCCCUUAUCAAAUGUUCGGUGGUUUUUCCGUGCUGUCGUCGGUUCUAGCACCGCUUGGCGUGGGACAACUGCAAGCCGGGUCGAGCAGAAUGUAAACGGAAGCUGGUAAGCUCUGACAUUCCCCUUCCUUGUUUCUCCAUGCACCUGCAAGUACCGUGGGUGGCUCUGACCUGGCAGAGAGGUACUAUGCGCAGAGGCUCUGCUGCUUCUGGGGACCCCAUGGCUGCUGGAUCUCCAUCUCCUUCUGCGAGGAGGCGUAGGCUCAUGCUGGCGGAGUUGAUAUUAUGGUCUCUGCUGAUCUUGCUGGUUUCUGGGCUGGAACCAGUGCUAAGUCAGAAGAUCUACACUAACACAUGGGCUGUCCACAUACCUGGGGGUCGGGAGGAAGCAGAACAAAUUGCCAGUAAACAUGGCUUCAUCAACCAUGGACAUGUUUUUGGUGAUUAUUAUCACUUCAGGCAUCGUACAGUGGUGAAGCGAUCACUGUCUGAUCACAGGAGCACACAGGUCCGUCUUCUUAAACAUCCCAAGGUAACCUGGGCAGAGCAGCAGGUGGUCAAACAGAGGAAAAAAAGGGAUGUCUUCAUAGAACCUAUGGAUCCACAAUUCAAAGACCAGUGGUACUUGUACAACACCAACCACCGUGACUUGAAUGCCAAAGCUGCUUGGCAGUUGGGUUACACAGGUAAAGGGGUGGUGGUGUCCAUCCUGGAUGAUGGAAUUGAGAAGAACCAUCCUGACUUAAUGCAGAACUAUGACCCAGAUGCCAGCUAUGAUGUGAAUGAUGGAGACCCAGACCCUCAGCCUAGAUACACACAGCUUAAUGACAACAGGCAUGGAACACGAUGUGCAGGAGAAGUGGCAGCAGUGGCCAACAAUGGGAUCUGUGGAGUUGGUGUGGCUUACAAUGCCAAAAUUGGAGGUGUUCGCAUGCUGGAUGGUGAGGUGACGGAUAUUGUGGAGGCCCAGUCGCUCAGCCUGAACCCCCAACACAUCGACAUCUAUAGCGCUAGUUGGGGCCCAGAGGAUGAUGGCAAAACUGUGGAUGGACCUGCCAAACUAGCCAAAGAGGCCUUUAAGCGUGGAGUUACCGAGGGUCGUGGAGGUUUAGGCUCCAUCUUUGUGUGGGCAUCUGGCAAUGGGGGGCGAGAGAAGGAUAGCUGUAACUGCGACGGCUACACCAACAGCAUUUACACCCUGUCCAUCAGCAGCUCCACACAGAAUGGCAAUGUCCCCUGGUACAGCGAGGCUUGUUCAUCCACUCUCGCCACUACCUACAGCUCAGGCAACCUCAAUGAGAAACAGAUAGUCACGACUGACCUUAAAUCUAAAUGCACAGACUCCCACACAGGAACCUCUGCCUCCGCCCCACUGGCUGCAGGGAUCAUCGCUCUUGCUCUUGAGGCCAAUAAAAACUUGACCUGGAGGGACAUGCAACAUCUGGUUGUGCGAACUUCUCACCCUGCCCACCUGCUCACAAAUGACUGGAAUACUAACGGGGUUAAACGCAAAGUCAGCCAUUCAUAUGGAUAUGGCCUACUUGAUGCCAGUGGAAUCGUAGCGCUGGCAAAGACAUGGACCAACGUGGGACCACAGCGGAAAUGUGUGAUCACCUUGGUCUGUGAGCCGAUGAACAUUGGCGGCCAUUUGUCAAUUAACAAGAGCGUGGAUGCCUGCUUUGGGAGUGACAGUCAUGUGACCUCACUGGAGCACGUCCAAGCCCGACUCACCCUGUCUUACAACAGGAGGGGGAACCUGGCUAUUCACCUCAUUAGUCCUGCCGGCACGCGUUCCACCUUGCUCCACCCCAGGCCUCAUGACUACUCAUCAGAGGGUUUUAAUGACUGGGCUUUUAUGACUACCCAUUCCUGGGAUGAGAACCCCACAGGGAUGUGGAUGCUGGAGAUUGAGAAUGUGGCUGGUGCCAGUGACUAUGGCACUCUGACCCAGUUCAUCCUAGUGCUGUAUGGUACCGGCUCCACAUCUUCCACCUCCCCUGAUGAUUCUCAGCCAGGCAAUGGCAGCUGUAAGACUUUGGACCUGAGACAGAUAUGCCUUGAGUGCAAUGCCGGCUACUACCUCUUCGGGCAAGUCUGUGUGAAACAAUGUCCACCUGGCUUCGCUGUGGGCUCCCAGCCCCUCAACUACACAGUGGGCAACUAUAUUUCACCUGCCACCGUCCCAGCCUGCCUGCCGUGCCCGCUGCCCUGCAAGACGUGCAGCAGCCUCAGCCCAGAGGCCUGCUUAUCCUGCCCUCCUCACAAGUCCCUCAAUCCUAUCUCCGGCACUUGUGAUCAUGUCACCCAGUACAUGCGCGAGUCCCCCGGCAGCUUCAUGGUGGGCCAAGGGGACACAGGGUCGCAACCCCAGCUCAGCUCCAGUCUGCCCAUGACUGUCGCUGUUCUCAGCUGCCUGGCCAUCAUGGCCACCUUCGCCGGCAUCUUCCUCCUGCUGCAGCUGCGCUCAGGCGCCCUCAUCAAGCUUCCCUCUCUGGAAGCCGGCAACGGCCUCGGCGGUGCCUUCAGCCUAGGAGGGAACAGGGUGGUGUCGUACCGUGGCAUCCCGACAGUGUGGGGGGAUGAUGGGGCGAACACAGACUCGGACAACGAAGAAUUUGACGUCCAAAACGAGAGGACUGCCUUUAUCAAAACACAAAGUGCUCUUUAAUGCCUCCCUCUCGUCCCACACCUUUCCUGCUUUUUAAAAUCUUCUCCUCCAAUUGUUUGAUAAUUCAGGGCUGUGGCGUCUUUGCUGUCCUGAUCUUCUCUGGUUUUAUCUCUAAACCCCGACUCUUCAGCCCUCAGUUUAGUGGCUUCUUAUCCGAUUUUUCCUCCAAUCCCACUCUAGGAGUCCUGGCAGAAAGUCGCCGUCCCCCCCUCGGAACGCAGGGUGGCCGCAGCGUUCACACUUGGGUGCAUUUCUAUUAAACCAUGUGUUGUCCUCCUCUUUCCCUCCAUCUCUGGCAAUGUGUCUGUUCCAUCUUCGUCUCCUGUUCCUUUUGUUACACUAAACAGACAAUUAUUGUUUUGCUUUUCUCCCUGUAUGCUUUUCCCAUCAGUCUCUGUGCAGUAGCCAGACGAGAUUGUUGACGUGCCAGUGUCCGUGUCGAGUUGAGUGAGUGUUAAAUCUGUCCAACAGCAGUCCUUAACAGAAUAUUUUGACGGUUUUGAAACAGAAGUAUCAACAUCCAACAAGCUCUUUUUGUUACGUAUCAUCCAGUGUCAUCUGUAUUGCGUAGGUGUCUUUAAUAGCUCCUCACAGAUGUCUCUCCGCUGCAGUGUGAGACAUACAAAUGGUUUCCCCACAGCUGUAAGAAUCUUUUUGGGAACAUAUAAAAGCCUCAAUGUUUCUAACCCUGCAGCUAUCACAUGUAGAAAGUCUAAUGGUAAAAACGUACCCGGUCAACCCUGCGACACCAGAGCAGCUAUUUCUUGUGACUGAUCUGCCAAGAGAGCAGACACAUUACCAAUACAUCAAUACUGUCCCUUGGCCAGGACGUAUUAGCACUGCAAGCACACAUUCGCAAGCCUCAAAUUAGCAAUGGCAUUUCGUUAAUGUGCAUAUCUGUGUGAGAUUUAUUGUUAAAGAGGAUAGUCUUAUCCCCGCUAGGGUGACAUUUUCUCCUCCAUCUCACAUUCCUGCUCUCCUUUCAAGCAUGAGUUAGAACUCCACACCUCAUCAACAUGGCUGCACCAUCUCCAUCAAAUGUAAAUUGAAGUGGAUCGCUUCACUCGGUCCUCCAACUAUAUGUAGCUGUGUUCUGACUGAUGCUGCAGCAACUGAGAGAUGUUGUCAUACCUGCCCGGAACUCUUUGUUUCUCCUGUGCUGCAUUUCAAGUGUGCAUCUCAUGAUUGAAUCCAUUGUAGCAAAUCUCAAUCCAUUGAUCUCUUUUCACUUGCUUCACAAAAUUGUUUCUUUUCGCCCCCCCUCUCGUUUUCCAUUUGAAAAACACAGCUGAGAGAGGUCGUCAUCACAGUGAUGACAUGCAUUCAAAACCACAGCUGCUCACCCAUCUUAUCUACCUCUCAUAACGCUCAGCGUGCUUUCACACAUUAACACGUGCACAAACUGAAAAUCUUCUGGACCCAUUAAGAUGGAUUGGCAUCGCCGUUUAAAAAGCGAUAAUCAGUUGCAAUUCCACAAAAAUGCUGUGUCCAAUUAAGUCGAGCUUCCACAGGCUGUCAUAUCGCCCACAUUUUAUCACCACCAGCAUUCACGGGCCAUCAGCGGCGGGCUUUACAAACUGUAUUUACAAAUCGAACUGGUCAAAGGAUUGAAUUUUGGGCCAUGCUGGCCUUUGCUGAAGUGUUAAAUCAAGAUUGUCAGCCAGAUGUUGGCGCUGGUUUUACCUCCCUCCUCCCUUGAUGGUUGCUCUUGUGGUUAAGACUUUAUUUUCUGACGCUGACAAUCAAUAUCCUUGUUUAGAGAGCAAGAAGGUGCGCAGGCACACAAGAUGAAUCCAUUUCAACCUAACCACUUGUGUCAAGAAACCUUCACUACGACGUCUUUUUGCGUUAUUGUGGAGGUGUCCUAAUGUGGCUGUGGAGGACUGAUUGUGAAUCUGCAUUAGUGCCUACUGACAUUUAGGAUGCAACUUCAAGUAGGAUGCUAAUUUAAAGAGGCCUCAGAUAAAACCUGACUUCCUAGCAUUGUGUGAAGCUUCUACAAGGAUAAUGUGCUAAUGCAGCACUAAAAUUGCUCCCGAUAACUUGUUAAACAGAAGUACAACCUGGGACCAUUUUGUUACCGUUACAGAUAAUUGACGCUUUAGUCAAGUGUAUGCAGCCUGCUGCGCACACUUGGAGUUGUUCGCAGUCAAUGUGUGCAUCCUCUGGUGUGUGUGCUUUCAAGCGUGCAAGCUUUAGAACAGCCUGAAGUGAGGCAGCGAUAAGUAGUGAGCGCUUCCAACGUACAAGGAGCUGCCAACGCUCUAACGGAGAAUGUGAUGCAAGUAAAAAUAUUCUCUCUGUGCCUGGAAGGACCGGAUAUUUCUACCAACAAAACAAUAAUGCUGGAAUAUUUGGCUUAUUGGGUAUUGUCUGUGCAUAUUGAGAAGACUUGCUGGUAGGCAUAAAGGAAGCGCUUCUGUUUUGUUUUUUUUUUAAUCAAAUGGAGCCUGAAGUUGCAGCCUUGCCUUUGGGUCUCAUCUGGGGUGGCCGAUAUGAAGUUAAUAGCAAUAUUUUGGCAGAACCAAAGACAAUCAUUUUGUCUGUCUCGUCUUAAGAUAUCUUGUUUUGCUUCCCACCUUCUCACUUUAGUUGUGAGUGCGUGCGUGCGUGCGUGCGUGCAUGUUUGGUCAUCUUGUGUCAUGUGUCACCAUGGCGACACCCUGUAUUGUUGAGCUGCUGUGACAGGAGGAGCUAUAGAAUGUAUCCCAUCUCCUUUAACUUAAGGGCUGAAUCGGAUCUGUGCUUGUUCAGUAUACAUAAAAUGUGUUGGGGGGCGGCCUCAGAGGACGCCCUGGCGUGUGGGGUCUGUGACUGCACACAGUACCUUACACAUGUGUGACCAAUGAAUACUGGACCUUGACUUAGCUUACCUGGGACAAAACUCUAAAAUAAGGCCUAUUUUUGUACUAUAUGAAUGGUGCAGUGUAAUUUUCUUGUAAUUUAAAGAUUGUUUGCUCUUGUUUUCUUCUUUUUAUUUAAUUGAUGUCAAUUAUAGAUUCUACUAAAAUAAAGAUCUAUGCAAAUUUGAA